AUGCCCAAGAACAUAGAUUACUUCCUAGACCCUGUAAAGCUGAUCAAGCACUACAAGUCCUGUAGGCUCAAUCAGAGCAAGUCAAAAGUAAAUGGCUAUGGACUUGCGGAAGUGUGGUGUUUUGUCACUGAAAAAACAAAGCUAGAAGGAGCACACAAUUCUUUAGUAGAUACCUUUGCCCAGUGUGAAAUACUUCAUGACGAUCGGCUGCUCCCCUUCCUUGACAAACCUGCUGGCAUUGAGUUGAUGGAAGACAUUCUGGAGCCAAAGCGCAAGGCCCGGCAGCUUCUGAUGGAUGAGACAAAACGAGACCUUCCAAUAGGAUGGGUAGACAGGUGUGAUGAGUACUUUACUGUGAAUGGGCAAAAGAGAACCUCAAGUGAAGUCCAGCAAAUUGCACUGAAUAGCUCUGCUGGCGGGGGCCGUCGUGGCCCCAACAUGGGCAUGUGGAAUCUACUUCGCCAGGAGUCGCUAGUAGACCUAUUUCUAAACUUUUUCAAAAAAACCUUUCUGCAAAUUAUUGCUAGAGAGACUAAUAGAUAUGGCAACGAGGACUGGGUAAAGCUGACUAGUACUGGAGGGUACUUCAACUUUGCACAGGAAGGUGUUGUUGAGGACUUGGGUGACGAAGAGGAAGAUACUGAGCCCAGAUCCAAACCAAAGCGGGCCUUUGUCCCAUGCAACAAGGACGACCCUGAUAGAAGAAAGAGACACAGCGGCAGCAAAUGGAAAGAUGUUACACCGGGCCUCUUACUUAUCUGCUUUGGUUCCACACCAGUGAAAGGUGCUACAAAGAUUCGAAAGAUCAAUCUACUUUGGGGCGAGAAAUGGCAGACGGGAAUACCUUAUGUGCAGAAUUCAUGUACUAUGGCGGCAUUUAAUCAAGUCAGACGAAACCUUCAUUUUGUGGAGACAAGCAAGCUGCCAAAGAAGGGUGAUCGAAAGUGGAGCCCAUUGCAGAAGAUCCAACCUGUUCUAGACUACUUGCAGAAACAGUUAUCUAGUUGUUAUAAUUUGGGCGAUAGAAUAAGCAUUGAUGAGUCUAUGAUCAAAUACUGUGGGAAGUAUAUUUCUUGGAUCCAGUAUAUGCCCAAGAAACCAAUCAAGCACGGUAUCAAGGUAUAUGCUUUGUGUUGCGCCUACACUGGCUAUCUUUAUUCAUUUGAGAUAUACACUGGCAAAGAAGGAACUGAAAGCGGCACUCCAAGAGAGGUAAUUGGUAGAUUGUUGCGGAUGGCUGGUAUUCUGCCGUCUCCUGCUGGCGCCGCAAAGAUGACUGGAACAGUGCUCUACACGGACAACUGGUAUACCUCUUUGGAUGUAAUGCAAUUUGUGUAUGAGCAGUUUGGAAUGUUGUUAGUUGGCACUAUUUCCUUGACAGCAAAGAAAUCAAGAACAGCAGAUGAUUACCCUUUCCACAAAUACAAGAACACAUUGCUGAGGAGAAUUCCUCGCGGAUGGACACGGCUGGCCUAUCAAACUGUCAGGAAAACUGCAAAGACUGCCGCUACAACUGCCAAGGCCGCCGCUGGGAAAGUGCUUUAUCUUGUUCAAGCAACCUUGUGGAAAGACAAGAAAAUGGUAGGUUUUUUACACAACCACUUGGUCCAGUCUGAACAGGACCAUCAGGUCAAGAGAUGGGAUAAGGAAUCCAGGACAAAAAAAGAGAUACCGGCACAUCCAAUCGUCACCGACUACAACAAGUAUAUGGGCGGAGUUGACGCCAAGGAUAGGGAUACGGCUGAUUGGAGUGUAUCGCUGAAGUCGAAUCACUGGUAUUACAGGAUAUUCUAUUGGAUCUUUGACAGUGUCAUUCACGCGAUGUGGGUGCUGGUGAAGACGAGGCUCGAGCGGAUGACAAAGGAAGACUUGAAUCGGAGCAAAUGGAAGUCUUUUGCCAACAAAGAUACAGGAAGAUUUGAGUUCCAGAUGACUCUUGGAAUUCUCUUGAUGAAGAGAGGACUUGAGUGGGAUUGGAAGGGGGACUUUAAAGACCCAAAGGGCCGACCGGAGUAUUGUCGCAAAACUCAAUGGAUUCCGUGCGAAUGCCCAGAGAAUGGAGUCCAGUGCUUCUUCUGCUACUAUGGGCACACCAAUGGCAUUGAACACCAGAAGGCGGGAGUUCGGAAGCGGGAAUACAAGAGAAAUUUUGAAGUGAGGACGCAUGUGUGUGACCGUGUAGACCUCGGGAGGAACCCGCAAUACUGCAACCCCUGCUAUCAUAGCCUCAAGAAGAAGUAUCUAGGCAUGACUUCGAGAAAGAGGUAUUUACAUCCUGAAUGUAAGAAGACGAGAUUGGGGUGUCCUGGAUGUAAUCGUGGGAAUGGUCAGCAUGUCUGCAAGUCAUGCUGGAAGACAUACAAACACGACGAUGAACGAUGA